AUGAACAUCUUUGACACAUUGAAAGAUAUAGAAUCCUCUGAUGAUCGAGAGGAGCAGGAACCUGUGGUUGAUCCUAUAAACACAGAUAAGGACACAAGUACAUUAAAACUAUCUCAGAACUUAUUUAUAGACAACAAAGAUAAUUGGACACAAAACAAAAGAGACAAAAAGAAGAAGAAGAAGAAUGAAAACAAGCAACGACAACAAUUACACUUGCUGCCACAGUCACAACCGGAGGUAUUAUAUCAUCCAGACAGUACAUCGUUUCAAUCUUUAAUGAUUGAUGAAGAAGAUAAUAAUCCAUUCGUAGGAACAAAUCAUCUAUAUGCUUCAGGUAUAAACACAACUCCUCCAUCAAAUUCACCAUCCUCCUUCUCACCGUCAUCUAUAUCAUCUUCUUCUUCACCGUCAAGAUCCAUUGCUAAUAAUGAACAUCACAUCAAGGCUUCAAAUUCAAUUAAUUCAUUAGUGUCUUCAAGACAUAUAAGCUCAACAGAGGAACAUAGUCAGGGAAACGUUGAAGAAGGGCCAACAUCAAAUAAUAAGAAUGCUCUUGAUGACGAACUAUCUUAUCAUAUCAAUUUGUCUGAUAAUAAUAACAAUCCAGAGUCACCUAUUCAUGAUAUCGCUACGAAUAACGAAAGCAAGAACGAUCCACAAAACUUUAUAUCUGCCUUAAGUGACGGUAGUAGUAACGAAGAACCAUUCGAAACAUUAUCAAUGUCUCUAUCGUUAGCGAAAAUAAAAAAACAAAAUACAAAAAUAUAUAAUCAAACAAGUCAUUUUAACGAUCAAGAUGAGAAUGACCAGGAUUACAGUAAUGAUGACGAUGACGAUGAUGAAAUACAAGUAAUAGAUACAGGUGAUUAUAAAGAUCCAUGGGGCAAGCAUGCCAUAGGUUAUGUCAUCCAAUAUAAUGGUUCAAAAGUAACAAGGAGAUAUUCUGAAUUUGAUACAUUAUAUCAAGUAUUGAAAAAAUUAUUGCCAACGAUAGUGGUACCUCCGAUUCCUUCAAAACACCCAUUAAUCAAUUAUUUCAUAAAUCCAAUCCAUGUUCAAAAUGAUUUAAAAAUUAUUGAAAAAAGAAAGAGGAAAUUUAUUUCAUUCUUAAAUAAUUGUAAUAAAAUUGACGAGAUUAGAAAUCUUUCUGUUUUCCAAAAAUUCUUAAACCCAGAAUAUUCUUGGAAAGACGUCUUAAAUUCUCCACCGAUUGUUAUAUUACCACUAAAUAAUUUAUUAGCACCCCCAUUGAAUCCAACAAAACCGAGCCCACUACAUAUACUAUUGCCCUCCCCAGCAUCCAUCACAAGAUUAGACUAUUCUAUAAUAAAUGAUUCCAAUGAAUCAUUACAUCUCAUAAAUAAUAAAUUCAUCAAAUUUGAAAAAUUAUUAAAAGAUUACAAGAUCCAUCUUUUACCAAUCUAUCAUACAGUGAAAUCAAACAAAUCAAAUCUUAUACAACUAUCAAAUACAAUUGCUAAAUUAGGCGCUUAUUAUAAUGCAUUCAGCUUAGAAAAUAAUGUCAUUUCAAAUGAUAACAAUUUACAGAUCAUUAAAACCUUAUCUGUAGGGAUUGAAAAAAUUGGUACUUCUUUUGAUAUUAAUUAUGUCCUCUUGGAGAAUUUAAUUGAUAAUAUCAAUUCCAAUCUGGAAGAAUCUGUGGAGGAAAUGAUCAAAUCAUUAGAUAAUUCUUUCAAGGUCUUACAUUUUAGAAAAUUAAAAUUAUUACAGUAUCAAAUUAUUGAAACAACUAUUAAAAAGAGGGAAUUCAGAAUCAAGUCUUUAAAAGAAAGUGCAAUUCAAUUACAGAAAUUGAAUGAAACUUUAGGGAAUAAUUCUUUAAACUCUCCGACUAUUAAUAAAACAAUUCUUUACUCAGAGGAUAAUGAAAAUAAUAACAAUUUACAGGAUUCAGAGUCACCCAUUGAAAUAUCAACUGAUCCAGAAUCAUCAACAAAUAAUUCCGCUUCGAAUCCGCGUCCAACUAGUAAAACGGCUCCUAUUGAUAACAAUCGAAUGCUACUAAAGACUCAAUUGGAAAGAAGGAGAAGGAAGGAGAAUUCCAAGAAGAUUCAUGGGUUUUACGAAAUUGACCCAUAUUUAUUGACUGAUCUUGAAAGGAAAGAAGAGUUGAAAAAAUUAAAUAAAGAAGUUGAAAAGCUAAAAGAAUGUUUCAAUUUAAUUACAAAAGAUAUUAAUGACGUUAAUGAAUCUAUGGAGAACAAUUUAAAUCAUUUGGUAAGUUAUUUAAACAUGAAAUGGGAAAAAUCUUUGAAAUAUAUCUCAAAAGAUAUCAUUUAUUUUUUACAAGAAUGUUUGAAAAGCUGGAAAAAUGCUAAAGCAAAAAUUCAUGCUAUAGUAAUAUGA